AUGGUGUUGUCCCUGCAUUACUACCUCUAUCUCUGUCUCACCUUUCUGCUGUGCUCCUCAUCCAACUCUUCCUCCUGCCGUCUGAGAGAGCACUUCAACCUCAGUGGAAUGCACCUGGAGGGAGAUGUGGUUCUGGGCGGGCUGUUUGAGGUCCACUUCUACAGCACUUAUCCAGACCUGUCCUUCACCACCAAGCCACAGCAGCUUGUCUGUAAGGGGUUUGACGUGGCAGGUUUCCGACAGGCCCAGACCAUGGCCUACACCAUCGAGGAGAUCAACAAGAACCCACACCUGCUGCCUAACGUAACCCUGGGAUACCAUCUCUACGACAACUGCCUCCAGCUAGGGGUAGCGUUCCGUGCCGCCCUAUCACUGGCCAGUGGGACAGAGGACGAGUUUCUACUGGAAAAGGACUGCAGAAGUUCACCCCCGGUGAUGGGGAUUGUGGGGGAUCCAGGCUCGACUCACUCCAUCGCCAUCUCCAGCGUCCUGGGGCUGUUUAGGGUGCCCAUGGUGAGUUACUACGCCACCUGUUCCUGCCUGAGUGAUCGGCAGGCGUAUCCCUCCUUCUUCAGGACCAUCCCCAGUGACGCCUUCCAGGUGCGAGCCAUGCUACAGAUCCUGAGACGGUUUGGAUGGACCUGGGUCGGCCUUCUGGUCAGCGACGACGACUACGGUCGCCAUGCCGCCCGCUCCUUCCUCCAGGGCCUGGCUCACGACCGCGCCGGCUGCCCGGCCUAUCUGGAGGUGCUUCCGGUCCACAGCGCCCCGGACGAGUACCGCAGGAUCGUGUCUGUGGUCAGGGCCUCCACCGCCAGAGUGGUGGUGGUGUUCUCCAACUCGGGAUACAUGCUCCCCCUUCUGGACGAGGUGGUGAGCCAGAACAUGACAGGUCUGCAGUGGAUCGCCAGCGAGGCCUGGACCAACGGCAUUGUCCUCCACACCCCCAGACUCAUGCCCUACGUGGGGGGCACGCUGGGCAUCGCCAUCCGCCGUGGAGAGAUCCCCGCACUCAAGGAGUUCCUGUCAAGUCUCCGCCCUGACAAACACCCCAGCGACCAACAUGGGCAGAGCAUGGUGUGGCAGUUUUGGGAGGAGGUCUUUGGCUGCAGUUUUGAGCCUGCUGGGCUGGGCGUUCCUGCGUGCUCUGGACAGGAGGCCCUGGCCGCUCAGGCCCAGCUAUAUCUGGAUGUUUCUGACCUGAGGGCAGACUACAACAUCUACAAGGCUGUGUACACCCUGGCCCACGCCCUCCACAGCCUGCUGCAGUGUGUGCCGGGGCAGGGGCCCUUCCCAGAGAGCAGCUGUGCCAGCCUGGACAACAUGGCGCCCUGGCAGUUGGUGUACUAUCUGGAGAGGGUCAACUUCACCACCGGGUUUGGGGACAGAGUGUUGUUCGAUGAAAAUGGAGAUGCCCUGCCCAUCUAUGACAUCAUGAACUGGGCGUGGCUCCCGGACGGAGGUGUGAAGGUUCAGAAUGUGGGUGUGGUCGAUGAGUCACUUCCUGUUGGGGAACAGCUACUACUUCACGAAGACAAAAUCUUCUGGAAUUUCAAAGACAAGAAGCCCCCCAAGUCAGUGUGCAGUGAGAGCUGCCCUCCUGGCACCCGGUUGGCCAACAGGAAGGGGCAGCCAGUCUGCUGCUUCGACUGCAUCCCCUGUUCUGACGGGGAGGUCAGCAACCACACCGACUCCACCGAGUGUUCUGUGUGUCCUGAGGACUACUGGUCCGACCCACAGAGAACCCAGUGUAUCCCCAAGACAGAGGAGUUUCUGUCUUACUCUGAACCCCUGGGCAUGUCCCUGGCUGCCAUCUCCCUGCUGGGCGCCGUCCUUACUGCCAGCGUCAUGGCGAUUUUCGUCCGCCACCGGAACACACCCGUGGUGCGCGCCAACAACUCCGAGCUCAGCUUCCUCGUCCUGCUGUCUCUCAAACUCUGCUUCCUGUGCUCGCUGCUGUUCAUUGGCCGGCCCAAGUUGUGGGCGUGCCAGCUGAGACACGCAGCGUUCGGCAUCAGCUUUGUGCUGUGUGUCUCCUGCAUCCUGGUGAAGACCGUGGUGGUUCUGGGGGUCUUCAGGGCCUCCAAGCCAGGCGGAGAAACCAUCAUGAAGUGGUUCGGGGCCCGGCACCAGAGAGGGACCGUGCUGGCUCUUACGUCCCUACAGACCGCCAUCUGCACGGGCUGGCUGCUCCUGGCUUCUCCCACGCCGCAUAAGAACACCCUCUACCAGAGCGAUACGAUAGUGUACGAGUGUGUGGUGGGGUCUGUUGCUGGGUUUGCUGCGUUGCUGGGAUACAUCGCCCUGCUGGCUGUCCUGAGCUUCCUCCUGGCCUUCCUGGCCCGGAACCUUCCAGACAACUUCAACGAGGCCAAGCUCAUCACCUUCAGCAUGCUGAUCUUCUGUGCCGUGUGGGUGGCGUUCGUCCCAGCCUACGUCAGCUCCCCGGGGAAGUAUGCCGACGUGGUGGAGAUCUUCGCCAUCCUGGCCUCCAGUUACGGCCUGCUGUUGGCGCUGUUCGGGCCCAAGUGUUACAUCAUCCUGCUGAGGCCUGAGAGGAACACCAAGAAGGCCAUCAUGGGUCGGGCGACAUGA